AGUCGUCCCCGCAGCGUCGACCCGGGCGGGCGUCCUCACUUCGUGGUUGUGUCCGUCGCGCGGUGUCGUCGGGUCGUCCCGUCUCCCUCUCUCUCUACGCCUCUCGUCCCUCAUGACGAGGGGCGCAAUGAUUUCCGUUCAUCUUACUGUGACUGACUUCAUAUCCUCGGUUUUAUCCAAAACUGGUGUCUUUUGGCUUGGCAACACUGGCUGAAAAGUGCUCACAAGCCAUUGAUCUUUAAUACUGCCAUACAAAUACACUACUAGUGCCCGCCAUGCUGCAGUUUCCACUGCUAGUGAUGAUUCUCCUUGCAGUGUCAUCAGCAGAAGCUAAAAUAGGCUACUUCUGGCACAUCACUGACAUCCACUAUGAUGAAAUGUACUCCACGAGUGGCAACACCAAAAAAAACUGCUGGCGCACAGAUGGCGCGGCGGGCGGCGCCAGGCCGCUGGGCAGGUUCGGCGACUACAACUGCGACUCGCCCUGGGCGCUGGUGCAGUCCGCCGCCAAGGCCAUGCGCGACAAGCACGGCGACAACAUCGAGUUCGUGCUGUGGACCGGAGACAGCAUAUCGCUGGCCGCCAGCCGCUCCUCCGACCACCGCCUGCAGGUGCUGAAGAACCUCACCGACCUGCUGAGGCACACGUUCAGCAGCCAGUUCGUGUUCCCGGUGCUGGGACACGAGGACCCCAACCCGGGGCUGGGGCAGAGCUACGGCGAGGUGGCCGACCUGUGGAGCCACUGGCUGCCCACCGAGUCGCUCCUCACUUUCAGCAAAGGCGGCUACUACACCUUCGAGCAGAAGGCGAAGAAGCUGCGCAUCGUGGCGCUCAACACGAACCUGUACGUGGAGUCUGACGGCCAGGAGGACGACCCCGGAGGACAGUGGGGCUGGCUGCGGAAGGUCCUCGACCAGGCGCGCAAGAACAAGGAGACGGUGUACAUCGUGGGGCACAUCCCUCCCGGGGUGGACGAGCGCCAGAGCGGCGUCUUCCUGGCGCCCCAGGCGUCCUUCCAGGAGAAGUACAACAAGAAGUACGUGCAGAUGGUGCGCAAGUACUCCGACAUCAUCGUGGGCCAGUUCUUCGGCCACCUGCACUCCGACACGUUCCGCAUCAUCUACAGCGACAACGGCACCCCGGUGUCUUGGCUGUUCGUCGCGCCUGCCUUGUCUCCCAGAAGAACUCCCAGUGGUGCCAACAACCCGGGAAUACGGCUGUACAAGUUCGACACCAUCUCCGGACAGGUGAUGUUUCCAACAUAUGCUUGAGACGUCGAUUAAUACGAUCGUAUGUCGUGAUCAGCUUCGACUUUUAGAAAUUAUAUCUGAAAAUCAGUUUACGGAAGGUGAAAGAAAAAUACUAUCGAUUAAGAGAGUGUGUCUUCUGCCUCAUGGAAAAAGCAUGAAGGUAUUAAUAUAUAGAGUGGGUAUCUAUUCUGCAAAGGUUAAGUUAACUAGUUAGGAAUUGAAUAACAAAAAAAAAAUUAGCUGUAUUAUUUACUAUAGCUAAUAUGCUAUACAUUUGUUUAAUAGCUUAAAAAGAACUUGCUAGGAAGAAUCGUAAAGAUGCCGUCAUGUAGAGAAUAUUGCUAAACUAGCAUAAAUACCAACACGCCUGCAUUAAAUUAGCUUUAGACUUCAUUAUAACCAAAACGUUUUUUGCUAUGCAAAAAGGAAAGCGGGGUAAAAGGUCGUUCUUAUUUUGAUUUCAAAUAUUAACAUGACAAAGAUUGUAAAUACUCCAUGGGAAAAAGAAAGAAA